ACCCUGUGUAAUGUGGUUGCAGGUUUCUCUGUGAAAGCUAUCCAGUUACCAACUGCCAUUCUUAAUAUCAAGGAACUUGGAGGUGGAGACAAUGUAAGGAAGUACUGGCCUCAUUAUUUUGCUGGAGCUCAGGGAAUAGUGUUUGUGGUGGACAGUAGUAGUAAUGAUGAUGAUGUGGACUUAGCAGCAGCUGAACUUCAAGAGGCUCUCUCCCACCCCUCCCUGGAAUCUGUUCCUCUUUUGGUGUUUGCAAGCAAACAGGAUGUGAAUGGAGCAUGGAAUGCAGAUGAGCUGUCAAGAAUGAUGGGCUUGGAUGUAAUUGCACACAAAAGAGAGUGGCAUAUACAACCCUGCUCCCAAAACGACAUAGAGAGUGCACAGCAGGGACUGUCUAAACUGGUCACAUUUUUGAGUCCUCAUGAUAAGGAAGCAACAGAACAGAACCAAAUAUGAACUCUUUUUGCCUCCUCUGUCAGAAGAGCGUGUAACAUAAACUGUAAGACUAGCAUCAUACAUAUUGACAUGCACUGCAUGGACAAUAGUAGUCUCCUUAACCUCCCCUGACCAAUUCUAGUUAAAUGUUGAUAACCACACGGUAAUAUUUCAAUGUCGUGAGACAAGUUCUAGUUUCUAAGAAACUAUUGUGUGGUGUUGAGGCUAAGCCUGGGGUGUGCAGUGGAAAUUGAUGAUUGUAAAAGCAAUCAAUCGGUCCAUAUCAAUCAAUGUAAUUAGUUAGUUGGUACCAAUUGGUAUCUGUCAAGAGCUGUUCAUCGAUCGCUAUCAAUUGGCAAACUAAGUUGCACUCAAGACUUCUCAACACAAAGCAUAUACCACGUUGCACAUGCUCAUACCACUGUACGUACAUGUAACUGUUCUUCCUGAAUGUUCUUGUAAAGUUGACUGAAUUACAACUGUCAAUGUGAGCGAUUGUCAAAAGGGUACACCUUUGUUGGUGUGAAGUUAAUGUUGGCAAGCAAUUCACUGUAUACAAGAAAAAGGGAGAAGGCGGAAAUGGGUUUAAAGUUACUAAUGAAUGUAGGUAAAUAAGAACCUUUAUAUUAUUAUUUUUUGGUAAUUUAUAAUAAAAGUCUGUAAGUGUUAAUGACCUAUGUUAAGCGCCUAUUCCCAACAUCUUUUUUUUUUUAAUGUGAUGAAAUUUGUAAGCAAUUGAUACCAAAGUUUGCAAGCACUUGGUAUCAAUUGUCAUUGAUUAUCAUUUUCAUCAAUUGGACACCUCAGGGGGUACAUGUAAGUAAAAGAUAUUGCUAUCGGCGUUGUAUCAACUUGAAGUCUUUCAAGAUAAGUUCACUGUCAUAGUGAGUUUGUCUAUUAAGUAGCUGAUAUUUUGUUAGUUCUUUGUCACAGGAAAAGGGUUUACAUGCAGAACAUCAGCUUUGCAAACCUGUUAUGGCAGUUAAUUAACCCUUAUUAAAUUCAAGUUGAUAGAAAGCCUUUGAACAUUUCAACAAAAGUUUGGAGAGCGGAGGGGGAUUGGAAAAUUAAAGCUUCUUAUAUAAAGUAUGUCAAUCAUUUUAACAUUCACUAAAUGGCAAUUUAUUUUUAAUAAAGUAACUAGUCUUAGUCUAACUAUUUUACAUACACUACAGUAAAACGAAUGCUAUAUUCAAACUUAAUGUUAUGAAUAAGUAUUUAACUAAAACAUUCUUUAGCCAUUCAAGGGGAAAAAACUCUAGUUUUGAAGCAGUCACGGAUGGUUUCAUUUGAAUCACAACUAGCACAGGCAAGUGAAUGCUGUGAUGCAGUGUUAAAAACUUGGGUAUCUGUGCUUCCUACUCUCUACUCCGAUGUACAUAAUAUUCCUGUUGUAUAAAUUAACUUAUGAUUUUAUUUUAUUGCUCUGUGUAAAUGUAUUUUAGAUGGAUAAAUUAUUACAGGUAUUUGUUUUAACUGAUGUCGUUGGUGCUGUUGUCUUAAAAAAA